CCUUUGGACCCAGGGCUCUCACUAACCCAGGGAAUCCCACCGGAGCCAGGCUGGGCUGUGCUACAGGGCCCCAGGGUCUACACUGACUGGGUGAGUGCCACCUAGACCAUGCCUGGCUCCGUGGACCUAUGGAACACACAGUUCGCCCGGGAUCUGGAUCUACACUGACCCAGUCAGGACCUCCUAUCCAGGAGCCAUGCCUGCCUGCAGCGCCUUCAGUGCUACAAAAGCAGGGGAAGGGGGUUGGCCAAAAAGGUCUUCGUGGGUUUUGGGCUUUGUGGACCUGUUGGCCUAAUUUCUAAGGCUAAAGUGGAGCAAUGGAGAGACAGUCCAGAGGGCAUUACUGAUCUCAGGCCUGUAGUGACUCAGUCUUCACAGCUUCAAUAAGCCACCUCUUGAGUUGAAUGAGUGGUCCUCUAUAGCACUACCAGAGGAAAUGCAUAACCCUAGGCUGCAAGGGUGCCGCCCUGUUCCAUGCUUGGCCCCCUCUUAGUGGGGGUUGGGUGGGUGCCUGGGAAGAUUCGUUUUUUUUUUCUGUCGCCACUCCCCACUCUCUGGGGCCUGACACCUUCUUCUCCAGCAGCUGCAGAGCCAGGACGUCAAGGGCUGUAGGGCAGAAGACUUUGUCCAUGGAGCUGGUGGAUAAGGUGGACAGGGGGCGGUGGUGAUGGCGCAGUUUGACACUGAAUACCAGCGCCUAGAGGCCUCCUACAGCGAUUCACCCCCAGGAGAGGAGGACCUGUUGGUGCACGUCCCUGAGGGGAGCAAGUCACCUUGGCACCACAUCGAAAACCUUGACCUCUUCUUCUCUCGAGUUUAUAAUCUACACCAGAAGAAUGGCUUCACUUGUAUGCUCAUUGGGGAGAUCUUCGAGCUUAUGCAGUUCCUCUUUGUGGUUGCUUUCACCACCUUUCUGGUCAGCUGUGUGGACUAUGACAUCUUAUUUGCCAACAAGAUGGUGAACCACAGUCUUCACCCUACCGAGCCCGUCAAGGUGACUCUGCCAGAUGCCUUUUUGCCUGCCCAAGUCUGUAAUGCCAGAAUUCAGGAAAAUGGCUCCCUCAUCACAAUCCUGGUUAUUGCUGCUGUCUUCUGGGUUCACCGGCUUAUCAAGUUCAUCUAUAACAUUUGCUGCUACUGGGAGAUCCACUCUUUCUACCUGCAUGCUCUGCGCAUCCCCAUGUCUGCCCUUCCAUACUGCACGUGGCAGGAAGUGCAGGCCCGUAUUGUGCAGACCCAGAAAGAGCACCAGAUCUGCAUCCACAAGCGUGAGCUGACAGAGCUGGACAUCUACCACCGUAUCCUCCGCUUCCAGAACUACAUGGUGGCACUGGUGAACAAAUCCCUCCUGCCCCUGCGCUUCCGCCUGCCUGGCCUUGGGGAGGCUGUCUUCUUCACCCGUGGCCUCAAGUACAACUUUGAGCUGAUCCUCUUCUGGGGACCUGGCUCUCUGUUUCUCAAUGAGUGGAGCCUCAAGGCUGAGUACAAACGUGGGGGGCAGCGGCUAGAACUGGCCCAGCGCCUCAGCAAUCGCAUCCUGUGGAUUGGCAUCGCCAACUUCCUGCUGUGCCCCCUCAUCCUCAUCUGGCAGAUCCUCUAUGCCUUCUUCAGCUAUGCUGAGGUGCUGAAGCGGGAGCCUGGGGCCCUAGGAGCACGUUGCUGGUCACUCUAUGGCCGCUGCUACCUCCGCCACUUCAACGAGCUGGAGCAUGAGCUGCAGUCCCGCCUGAACCGUGGCUACAAGCCCGCCUCCAAGUACAUGAAUUGCUUCUUGUCACCUCUGCUGACACUGCUGGCCAAGAAUGGCGCCUUCUUUGCUGGCUCCAUCCUGGCCGUGCUAAUUGCCCUCACCAUCUACGAUGAAGAUGUAUUAGCUGUGGAACACGUCCUCACCACCGUCACACUCCUGGGGGUCACUGUGACCGUGUGCAGGUCCUUUAUCCCGGACCAGCACAUGGUGUUCUGCCCUGAGCAGCUGCUCCGCGUGAUCCUCGCUCACAUCCACUACAUGCCUGACCACUGGCAGGGUAAUGCCCACCGCUCGCAGACCCGGGACGAGUUUGCCCAGCUCUUCCAGUACAAGGCAGUGUUCAUCUUGGAGGAGCUACUGAGCCCCAUUGUCACACCCCUCAUCCUCAUCUUCUGCCUGCGUCCACGGGCCCUGGAGAUUAUAGACUUCUUUCGCAAUUUCACUGUGGAGGUUGUUGGUGUUGGAGAUACCUGCUCCUUUGCCCAGAUGGAUGUUCGCCAGCAUGGGCAUCCCCAGUGGCUAUCCGCUGGUCAGACCGAAGCCUCAGUGUACCAGCAAGCAGAGGAUGGGAAAACAGAGUUGUCACUCAUGCACUUUGCCAUCACCAACCCUGGCUGGCAGCCACCACGUGAGAGCACGGCCUUCCUGGGUUUCCUCAAAGAGCAGGUUCAACGGGACGGAGCAGCCGCUGGUCUUGCCCAAGGGGGUCUACUCCCUGAAAAUGCCCUCUUUACGUCCAUCCAGUCCUUACAAUCUGAGUCUGAGCCACUGAGCCUUAUUGCAAAUGUGGUAGCUGGCUCAUCCUGCCGGGGCCCCUCACUGCCCAGAGAUCUGCAGAGUUCCAGACACAGGGCUGAAGUUGCCUCUGCCCUGCGCUCCUUCUCCCCUCUGCAACCUGGUCAGGCUCCCACGGGCCGAGCUCCCAGUACCAUGACAGGCUCUGGGGACAGGAUGGAUGCCAGGACAGCCAGCUCUGGGAGCAGUGUGUGGGAAGGACAGAUGCAGAGCCUGGUGCUGUCAGAAUAUGCAUCCACUGAGAUGAGCCUGCAUGCCCUCUAUAUGCACCAGCUCCACAAGCAGCAGGCCCAGGCUGAACCUGAGCGGCAUGUGUGGCACCGUCAGGAGAGUGAUGACAGUGGGGAGAGUGCCCCUGAAGAGGGGGGAGAGGGCGCCCGGCACCCGCAACCUAUUCCCCGCUCUGCCAGCUAUCCCUGUGCUGCACCCCGGCCUGGAGCACCUGAGACCACUGCCCUGCAAGGGGGCUUCCAGAGACGCUACGGGGGCAUCACAGAUCCUGGCACAGUGCCCCGGGCUCCCUCUCACUUCUCUCGGCUGCCCCUUGGAGGGUGGGCUGAAGAUGGACAGUCAGCAUCAAGGCACCCAGAGCCCGUGCCCGAGGAGGGCUCAGAGGAUGAGCUUCCCCCUCAGGUGCACAAGGUAAGGGCUCUAGGACCUGAUAACUGUGAGAAGUAGCAACUUCCAGGCUGAGGUCAAAGCUUCUCAUGCAAAGGAAGGUGGGCCUCUCAAGCAAAGAUACUGCACCCUCCCCUCCGACAUAUACUCCCCUUUCUUCCUUCACCUGCUCUGAAAUCCAGGGCUUGAUUUUUUCCUUUAUCUUCAGACAUCUGUUGGGUUAGCAGAUAGCUGAAGACUAUCUCUACUGCCAACCCUUUUCUCUCCACAGGUAUAGACAAGGUUGAGGAGGGUCCCUAUGCCCCAGGAUGGAGGCAUCUGUUGCCCUGCCAUCCCAUCCGCUUGCCAUGGAGGGCUUCUCUGAGUGCUGCCUGGCUCAACGCGUGUGGUGUUUGUGUAUCCGUGCCUGGCCAAGGGAGGUGCCAAUACUGUGCUCGCCAGAGCCCCAGGAGAGAAAUUGGGGGCCUAGGAACCAGGGCACACAGGACUCUAGCCUCAUCCCCAAGAACCCACUUGGCUCAGAGUGUGGUGCUAGAAACUGGUCCCCAGCCCAGCCCCAGUACUGCCACCUUUGCACCUGCCCCUACAACUCUCCAGAGGACUGCCCACCACAGAAGCUGCCAACCAGGGAGAACCUGUGCCAACCGUGGAGUGGGGAGCUUGGGCCUGGACCCUCAGCCUCUGUGGUCUCCCUCUCCUCACCCUGAACAGAUGAGCAGCUCAGGCUGUGGCCCUUACCUCACCCCCGGUUCUCUCCCAGUGCUGCAGCCUGCUCACCCCUCCCCUUCCUGCACAUCAUUGGCAUGUGAGCUACUUGCUGUGGUUCUGUUCGCUUGCUCCCCCUCUGUUCAGCUUUUGAUUUGUAUUGGCGUAGAGGUCCUAGCUCCCAGCUCCUCUCACUCUUUUGACACUAAAAAGGAUGGUUUCUAAAUUACAGGAGCAGGAUGGAAAUUUUUUGCUGCCCUGUCCAAUUUUUUGGAUGGGCCCUUGGGAAACUCAGGCCUUGCUGGCCCCCAUUACGCUUAUUGUACCCCCAUUCCCCACCACCACUACCACACCUGCACAAGGGACAGGGUUGGAGUGUGCCCUGGCCUGUCUACCUCCCAGCAAGAGAGCUCUGGCCUGCCUCCCGCUGUCCCCUAGAGGGGGACAAAGGGGCGGCGGGAUGGCUUCGCCCUAGGCUUUGGGCUGCCACAUUGCAUGCUGGGACCCAGCUCUCACCCUCUGCCCCACCCCUCACUCAGCUCCAGUCCGCUGAGGGUGAGAAGUGAAUUGCUCUGCCUGAACUCACAGCCGAACGUGGUGGGGACUGUGUACAGCUUGAUUACCCUUAAUAAAGAAGGGACUUUGACCAGGU